AUAGAUCUUCGAAUUCAUUAUGUCCGGACUCCUCCAACCAUAUUAUAUACGUUCCUGACUCAAAUGAUUGCAACAGAUAUUAUAAGUGUAUAGGAGGGCAAGAAACUCAUUUGGAAUGCCCUGCAGGACUUCAUUGGAGCAAAAAAAUUCAAAACUGUGAUUUUCCCCAAUACGCAGACUGCAGUACAUCUCCAGGUUCUUUGUGUCCAUACAACUCUACCCAUAUAAAUUAUUAUCCUGAUACUACCAAUUGCAGCAGGUACUAUAAAUGCAAAAACGGCCAACAACAGCUUCUGGAUUGUCCGGUAGGACUACAUUGGAGCAAAAUAGUUGGGAAUUGUGAUUUUCCGGAGUACGCAAACUGCGUGUUACCGAAUCUUGAAUGUCCAGCAAGUGGAUCAAAACAAAUCGUAUAUCCUGCAGACUGCAGCAAAUAUUAUCAAUGUGAAAAUGGAAAUAAGAAACUGAAAGAUUGCCCCGAAAGCUUGUUUUUCAACAUCAAUACUGGAUUAUGUGAUUUCAUUGACCGAACGAAUUGUCAGAGGCCAACAGCGAAACCAACGGCACCAACUCCCGCUACUACAAUAACGACACCAAAAACUACUACUACUACUGCCAAUCCACAUCCAGAUGAGGAUUGUCCGGCAAGUGGAUCAAAACAAAUCGCAUAUCCUGGUGACUGCAGCAAAUAUUAUCAAUGUGUAAAUGGAAACAAGGAACUGAAAGAUUGUCCCGAAAGCUUGUUCUUCAAUGUUAAUAGUGGUUUAUGUGAUUUUGUUGACCAAACCAAUUGUCGUAA